AUGAUGGAAGGGAUCAAAAAAAGUACCCCACCAAAUAUGGAUAUUAAUGAAAAUGAACAAAAUAAUAAAGAUGAAAACAAAGUAGAUAUGAAUGGGUUUUGUUUUUUUGUAAACACAUGCGAAGAAAAAUUAAACGAGUUUUUGGAAAAUUAUUUUUGUAAUAAAACACAUGAAGAAUUAAAAUAUACUGAAGAAAAUCAAGGAGCUAACAAUUGUAUUAAUAACUAUAGUGAAAAAAAUAAUAAUACUAAUGUAGAAAAUAAUGAUAGUUAUAUUUCAAGUCAUAACGCCAGUAAUAACACUAUUGACAAUGGAGACAAUAGUGACAAUGAUUCUUCAAAUGAAAAUGAAAAAAAUUAUUAUGAAAAAAAAAUUAUUAAAAGUAAUUAUGACAGGAUUGCCAUAAAUUUGGUUGAUACAGUGGAGCAAUUUAUGGAACCUUAUGUAAAUGAGAGAUACAAAAUUGUUGUUCACGCUAUUAUUGGUGAAAAUAAAAAACAAGGGAUACAUAUCGCGUCCAAAUCGCUUUGGAAUGUCGAAACGGAUAAUUAUAUUUCCGCAAAAUAUGUUAACGAUUUUAUUUUUGUUACUGUUAUGGUUUUCCUUUUGUAUAACGAGUAA